GCGCAUCGGAAUCGGCUGUCCUCGGCAAACAUCGUCAUGUUCCGUCACUCGAGCGGCGGCCCCUCUCGGUCUGGGUCGAGGAUGGAGGAGGAAGAGGCUCGGAGGCUCCUCGAAGAAGGGAUCAGGAAAAAAGUCAUUAGCCCGGGCAAAGGCCAGCUUUCGACUUUCCCCGAUGGAACGAAGGUGGUGUUCCACUACCGCACCAGCCUGCGCGACGGCACCGUGCUGGAUGACUCCAGGAAGAUGGGGGGCGGCGGCAAACCCAUGGAGCUCAUCCUGGGCAAGAAGUUCAAACUGGCCGUGUGGGAACGCGUCAUCGUCUCCAUGAGAGCGGGAGAAGUGGCCCAAUUCACGUGCGACACCAAACACACCGGACUUUACCCGCUGGUGUCGCAGUCGCUGAGGAACAUCAGCGUGGGCAAAGACCCCCUGGAAGGCCAGCGGCAUUGCUGCGGCAUCGCCCAGAUCCACUCCCACCACUCGCUGGGCCACAAAGACCUGGACCGGCUCCAGGCCGACCCGCAGCCGCUCGUCUUCGCCAUCGAGCUGUUGGAGGUCCUUCCUCCGGGCUCCUUCCAGCUGGACGUGUGGGCCAUGACGGACGAGGAGAAGCUGGCCUCGGUGCCUCACAUCCACGAGGAGGGCAACGAGCUCUUCAAGCAGGGCCGAGUCCAGGAGGCCACCGACAAGUACUACAACGGCAUCGCCUGCCUGAAAAAUCUCCAGAUGAAGGAGCAUCCGGGCGAUGAAGCCUGGAUCAAGCUGGACCACAUGAUCACGCCGCUCCUCCUCAACUACUGCCAGUGCAAACUGCUCCAAGGACACUACUACGAAGUCAUCGAACACUGCUCGUCGCUCACGUUCAAGUACGAGGACAACGUGAAGGCCUUCUACAAGCGAGCCAAGGCCCACGCCGCCGUCUGGAACGAGACGGAGGCCCGGGCGGACUUCGCCAAGGUGCUGGAGCUGGACCCGUCCCUCGGGCCGUCCGUGGCCAAGGAGCUGCGGGCCAUGGAGGUGCGCAUUCGCACCAAGGAGAAGGAGGAGAAGGGCCGCUACAAAGGCCUCUUCGACUACAACGCGGCGGCGCCGCCGACGACCGCCACCACGGGUUGAAGAGCGAAAUGAGAAGCGGCUGCCCGAGAUCAUUUCCAGGAGAAAGCGUCGCCAACGCACGCGUUGCUGCUGCUGCUGCUGCUGCGGUUUGGCUCGGAUCCACUGGCGGGACGAACGCUCUUGAGCUCCGUUUCUCCCUUUUAAGUCUUUCAGCUUCAUGUUUAGGCACAUUUUGGCUUCAUCACAGAGAAUGUCAACACGUAACCAAGAGUCACUCACGCAAGCUUUUUUUUUUUUUUUUUUUUUUGGGGGGGGGGGUGUCACCGUUUCCUAUAAUCGAUGUUAGAAUCACAGCUAAAAUAUUACCGACAGGCGCAGGUCUUCUUUGUCCCUACGGACCUUUUUCUGGGCAUCGGCGCUUUCCCCCGGUCGACGUUACGACAAUCAUAAAACGCACUUGGAUGUUGCUUUCUUGUGUAUUUCCCGUAUAAACGACGUUUGUGUUUGUUGUUUUUGUGCGCCGACAUCGGCCCGUCUGAAAAUGAACAAACGCGAAGCCGCCGGUGGGUCGAGCGGCAAUCGUGUCAUCCAAAUAAAAGUGUCCGUCCGUC